AUGAGUCUUCUCUGGGCUCUGCUGACUCUAUUCAACCACGUGUGGACUUUCAACCUGGAUACUACUCACACGCUGCACAAGCUGGGAGACCGUGGCACCUUCUUUGGCUUCUCUCUCGCUCUACACCAGCAGCUCACCCCAGAGCCCCAGAGCUGGAUCUUGGUGGGGGCACCACAGGCUGCAGGCCAGGGUGUGUUACGUGGAAGUCGGCCAGGAGCCCUGUUCAAGUGCCCUAUUACACCUGAAGAGUAUGACUGUGAGAGGGUAGAUAUUGACGGGGAAGUGAGUCUAAAUAGAGAGAGCAAAGACAACCAAUGGUUAGGAGUGACUGUCAAGAGCCAGGGCAUUGGCGGGAAGGUGGUGACAUGCGCUCACCUGUACGAGCUCAGGCAGCGUGUACACCAACCCUCUGAGACGCGCGAUCCCAUUGGACGCUGCUAUGUUUUGAGUGAGGAUCUGACAGAGCGAGAUGACCUGGAUGGAGGCGAGUGGAAGUUCUGCGAGGGUCGGCCGCAGGGUCACGAGCAGUUUGGCUUCUGCCAGCAGGGUCUUUCUGUCAGUUUCACCCCAGACAACAACUACAUAUUGUUUGGGGCCCCUGGGACAUACAACUGGAAAGGUGAAAUGCGUGUGCAGCUAAUAAACCAGAUGCUGCCCGACCUCGGUUUCUAUGACGAUGGACCCUACGAGGUGGCGGAUCAGGAACAGCUUAAUGCCCGGCUCAUUCCUGUGCCCUACCACAGUUACCUGGGGCUCUUGUUCAUGGCUAGCCCAGUUGAAGACGCACUGCUGUACAAAACUCUGGAACCCUCCAGGAAGCCCACAGCCUUUGAGGAUGUAGCCCAUAAUAGCUACUUAGGCUUCUCUGUCGACUCGGCGAUGGGAAUAAUGAGCCUCGGGGAGCUGACCUUUGUGGCGGGUGCACCGAGGGCUAAUCAUACAGGGGCCGUAGUGCUUCUACGCAAGGACAAGGUUUACCGGCUGGUGCCUCAGCACAUUUUCUGGGGAGAGGAGCUAGCAUCUUCCUUUGGGUACUCAGUUGCUACCACCGAUCUCAACAACGAUGGCUGGACCGACCUGAUCGUGGGAGCACCCAAUUUCUUCGACCGUAAAGCAGAGAUUGGCGGUGCAGUUUAUAUCUACCUGAACCCCUUCGGUCACUGGGACGAUCAAGCUCGGCCCAUCCGUCUCAAUGGGACAUAUGACUCCAUGUUUGGCAUGACAGUGGAGAAUAUUGGUGACCUGGACCAGGACGGGUAUGGAGACAUUGCUGUCGGAGCUCCCUUCGACGGGGAUGGCAAGGUAUUCAUCUACAGAGGUUCAGAUGCAGGGAUUGAAACAAAACCUGCUCAGGUGCUGGAUGGUCGAGACUUUGGCGUGAGGCGCUUUGGAUACUCCAUCUCAGGAGGCGUGGACGUUGAUGAGAAUCACUAUCCAGACAUUGCUGUGGGCUCGCUCAACAAUUCAGUGGUGCUCUUCAGGUCUCGCCCAGUCAUCCACGUGAAUCGGGAAAUAUCCCGAAUUGACCCACAUUACAUCGAUUUGGCUCAGCAGAACUGCAAGGGCCGAGAUGGGGUUUGCGUCGAGGUCAAGGCCUGCUUCGUCUAUACGGCACACCCGGUGCAUUACUCACCACAUAUAACCCUGGUGGUACGCUUUGAAGCCGACUCGGAACGCAGGAAGCUGGGCCUGCCGCACCGUGUCAACUUUUUGGGCCGCAGCUCUUUGGAGCCGGAGUACAUGCAGACCGAGGAGGUGGAGCUGCAUCGCCAGAAGCACCCGGGAUGCACCACUGUUACUUUCCAGCUCAAUGAAAACAUCCGGGACAAACUGCGGCCCAUCUCAUUCUCCAUCACCCACACCAUCAAACCUGUGACCCCGCACAGACACUCUGGAGCCAAGAGGUUGGAAAAACUGCCUCCUAUUCUCAACGUGUCACCCUCCAACACACUGCAUUCAGAGGUGAACUUCCUGCGCGAGGGAUGUGGUGCAGACAAAAUCUGCCAGAGCAACCUGAAGAUGAGCUACCGCUUCGGAACGCGACCUCUCACUUCUGACCUCUUCACCCCCCUACCAAAGGAUGAGGAUGACGUGCAGGUGUUCUCCUUGUCUGACCAACGCGUGGUGGUGUUGGAGAUUACCGUCACCAACAUGCCCUCUGACCCACUGCGGCCAGAGGAGGACGGCGACGACGCCCACGCCGCUCAGUUGAUCGUCUCCCUUCCAAAAACGCUUUCUUACGCUGGUUCCAGGGUGCCUGCUCAGAUGAGAUGUCAAGCCAACCAAAAUGGCUCAGAGGUUGAAUGUGACCUGGGGAAUCCUGUGAAAAGAAACACCAAGUUAAAAUUCACCAUCAACUUGAGCACUGCCAACAUCACCAUUGAAACCACUGAGUUGACAGCAGUCCUCCAAAUGACAACGAUCAGUGAGCAGCCGGACUUGGCACCAAUCACAGCGAUGGCUAAAGUUGUGAUAGAGCUCCCUCUGUCUGUCAGCGGGCUGGCUCGUCCUCACCAGCUAUUCUUCAGUGGUGCUGUUAAGGGCGAGAGUGCCAUGAGCAGUCUGGAGGACGUCGGCAGCCCAGUAGACUUUGAGUUUUUGGUGGCCAACCCUGGGCAAGCGCUGCAAACACUUGGCUCUGCCUUCCUCAACAUCAUGUGGCCCUACGAGCUGGCCAAUGGCAAGUGGCUCUUGUAUCCAGCAAGCCUGAACUUUGAUGGACAUUUGGUAUCGCAUUGUACUCCAGUGGAGGCUAUCAACCCUUUGGGUCUGCAUAGUCCCUCACCGACACUCGCUACCAAUCCUGGAAGAGCACGACGCUCCCACCCGGAUCUCGAAGGUCAAGAGACGACCAGCGGUAGCGUGAGACGAACCACUCCAGCUGUUGCUGCUUCUGAGAGGCGCAAGUCACUCAAGCUGAAUUGCCUCCUGGGGUCCGCACGCUGCGUGCUCUUGCAGUGCCCCCUCCACACCUUCUCCGGACAGGCGGUGCUCAGGAUCCACGGCAGACUGUGGAACAGCACUUUCAUCGAGGAGUUUCCGACAGUCAGUGCUCUGGAGCUGCUAGUCAGAGCGGAAAUCACCGUUAAGUCCACCAUCAAACACCUGCUUCUGAGGGAUGCUGCAGCACAGGUUUCAGUGAUGAUCUAUCCCGAGCCCGGUCUAGUGGAUCAGUACUCAAUCCCUUGGUGGAUCAUUCUCAUUGCUAUCCUAGCAGGCAUCCUUUUACUAACCCUGCUGGUCUGCUUACUAUGGAAGUGUGGUUUCUUCCAACGAGCCCACGUCAAGGACAAACUGCCUCAGUACCACGCAGUGAAGAUCCCUCGCCAGGAGCGCCCCCAGUUCCAGACAGAAAAAUCAGGCGUUCAUAAAAAGGAAUGGGCCACACACUGGAGCGACGGGACUUCAUAA